AUGAACACAUAUUCGAACAAAAAAUUUUGGUUUGACACUCCCCCCGUUUUAUCCUUCCUAAAAUCCAACCCCUUGAUACGCCUUUAUUUAGCAAUAAUUCAACAUUUUAGAGCAAUCAAAGUUGGAUAUAUCAACAGGGAACAAAUUGAUGACUGUGAUCCAAAUGUUAUUAUUGCAUUGCCAAGACUUGCUAUUGUUUGGGGCCUUCUUUAUUAUCCAGAUGGGGCUUUAGACGUUAAACAAGACAAGGACGCCUUUUCUGAAAUGUUUCGUCAUUUUCAUAAAUUACUUAUAAUUGUGAGGAAUUUGUUAUUGACGCUUUCGGCCGAGGAGCUUUGUCAAUUGGAACUUAAACUGGUUACUGGAAGUGAUGAAUAUACCCCUCCAGCUUCGAUUAGAACACUUGAACAACAAUUUGAAUGUGACAGUAUAAUAAACAGCCCAAAAAUUGAGAUGGACCAACACAAAUUGAUUGAGCGUAAUUCGAAUGAAUAUGAUCCAAGAGAUGAUUUUCCUGAACCAGGAAUAGGUUAUGUUAUGAGAAAUCCGAGAUGUUCUCAACUUAUUCCUUUGAAUGCAGAAAAAUCUGAAUGUUGUGACCGUUCACUUUAUGGAAAUUCUGAUAGUUUAAUUCAUCGGCUAUUUGUUUGUGUUGCUGGGAUUGCUGAUCAAUUACAAACAAAUUAUUCGUCUGAAGUUAGGAAAGUGUUAAAAAUGGUUUUGCAGCCAGUUGAAUCUGUGCCCGUCUAUGAGAUUAGUGGAAAAACUGCCCCAAUUCCUGAAAAUGAAGAGGAGACAGGUGUGGAAGUAAGAGAAACUUUGCCUUUACCUACUUUUGUUGGUGUUCGUUGGGUUCCUGAUUCUGAAUGUGAACAAUGUACAGCUUGCUCAAGUUUAUUCACUCUAGUUCGUCGUCGACAUCAUUGCAGAAAUUGUGGACGGAUAUUUUGUGGUAAUUGCUCAACCAACCAAAUUGCUAUUCCAGAAUUGGGUUAUGACAAGAAGGUUCGUGUAUGUGACUUAUGUUUUGAUUCUCGUAUUGAUCAAUCAUCAUCACCACAACCACAACAACAUUUACUAGAUUUAUCUCCUCAAAAUUCCAUUCCUUCUUCACUUUCAUCACCAAUAGAAACAAAUAAUUUACAACAACAAAUAGUAAAUAUUGAAAAUUCUUCCCCUCCUUCCUCUUCCUCCUCAUCUUCUGCUGCCUUUCCUUCAACACUUUUUUCUUCUUCUUCUUCUGCUCAACAAACACAACAACAACAACAACCAGCACAAGCAUCAAAUUGUUGA